AUUAUCUGAUUCUUUUUUUUCCCCCCUUUUUUUUUUCCCUCCCUCCUUCCCCCCCCUUCCCUUCUCCCCCCCACCACCCCCACCCCCCCUUCUCCUCGACAUCGCAAAUUGGCCGUCGGUUCGGGCAGGAGCAGCCGCCGGAGCGACCCCGCGGCAGGAGCCGCCGCCAGCCCCGCUCGCCCCGCUCCUCCGGGCGUCCAGCCUUGUUUUGAAGGGAGCUAACAUGGCGACGGUGCCCGUCUAUUGCAUCUGUAGGCUGCCCUACGACGUAACCCGCUUCAUGAUCGAGUGCGAUGCCUGCAAGGACUGGUUUCACGGCAGCUGUGUGGGUGUUGAAGAAGAAGAGGCACCAGAUAUCGACAUCUACCAUUGUCCAAAUUGUGAGAAAACCCAUGGAAAGUCUACAUUGAAAAAGAAAAGGAAUUGGCAUAAACACGAUAUUGGACAGACGACAGAGGUGAAGCCUGUACAGAACGGGAGCCAAGUCUUCAUAAAAGAGCUUCGAAGUCGUACUUUUCCCAGUGCUGAAGAUAUAGUCGUGAAAGUGCCAGGCAGCCAACUAACAACAGAGUAUUUGGAAGAGAAUGGCUUUGCAGAGCCCAUCCUUGUCCCAAAGAAGGACGGCCUGGGUUUGUCCGUACCCGCACCCACCUUCUACGUCAGUGAUGUUGAGAACUAUGUCGGACCGGAGAGGAGUGUUGAUGUUACUGAUGUCACCAAGCAGAAAGACUGCAAGAUGAAGCUCAAGGAAUUUGUGGAUUACUACUACAGCACAAACAGGAAAAGGGUUCUCAACGUGACCAACCUGGAGUUCUCGGACACGAGGAUGUCCAGUUUUGUAGAGCCUCCAGAUAUCGUUAAGAAGUUGUCCUGGGUGGAAAACUAUUGGCCUGAUGAUGCUCUUCUGGCUAAACCCAAAGUUACCAAGUACUGCCUGAUCUGUGUGAAGGACAGCUACACAGAUUUCCACAUAGACUCAGGAGGAGCAUCUGCGUGGUACCACGUGCUGAAGGGAGAAAAGAUAUUUUAUCUCAUCAAACCAGCCUCUGCAAAUAUUUCCCUUUAUGAACGCUGGCAAUCGGCAGCAAACCACAGUGAGAUGUUUUUUGCAGACCAAGUAGACAAAUGUUACAAAUGCACAGUUAAACAAGGACAGACGCUCUUCAUUCCAUCAGGUUGGAUUUAUGCAACUCUGACACCUGUAGACUGCCUGGCCUUUGCAGGACAUUUUCUACAUAGCUUAAGUGUUGAAAUGCAGAUGAGGGCAUAUGAAGUAGAAAGACGAUUGAAGAUUGUCAGUCUGACCCAGUUUCCAAACUUUGAAACUGCAUGUUGGUACAUGGGAAAGCAUCUGCUCGAGACAUUCAAAGGUUUGCAUAAAGCUGGACAACAGCCUCCUGCUCAUUUACUCCAAGGAGCAAAAAUUCUCAAUGGUGCUUUCAGGUCAUGGACUAAAAAACAGGCUUUAGCAGAGCAUGAAGAUGAACUACCAGAAAACUUCAAACCAGCACAACUUAUCAAGGAUCUUGCCAAAGAAAUAAGAUUAAGUGAGAAUGCUUCGAAGGCCAGCAAGGCAGACACGAGUGCCAACACCAACACCGAGGAGAUCUGUCCUGUGGAGAAGGAGGAGGCACCAUCACCCGUCCAAGUGACACCUCCACCCCCACCUGUAGAAAAGCCCCCUAAAAAAAAGACUCCCAAAACUGUGAAAACCCCCAAACAACUCAAGCCAUCCAAACCCCCCAAACCUCCCAAGCCACCUAAACCCCCUAAGCCUCCCAAAACACCAAAAGUUAAGGGAGAAGGAAAAAAGAAAGGGAAGAAGGCAAAAGAGAGCCCACCGCCAGCCAUCCCGAAUCUCGACUUGCUGGAGGCACACACAAAGGAGGCUUUGACAAAGAUCGAGACGCCAAAGAAGGGGAAGGCUGCAAAGAAUGUUUUAAGUGCUCCCAAUAAGGAAACUGCUAGUAAGCAGAAUGAGGUGGAGAAAUUUGAAGUUCGAGAGCAAAAUAAAAGCAAAACAGAAGCCAAAUGGAAAUAUAAGAACAGUAAACCUGAUUCCCUUCUGAAAAUGGAAGAGGAACACAAAUCAGAAAAGACGCCUUUAUCAGGAAAUAAGGACAGCAAAUUUACAUUCUCUUUCUCUAAUAAGAAGUUGCUUGGUUCAAAGGGAGUGAAAACCCAGCUGAAUACCAGUGUGUUUGGGUCACUGCAGAACUUCAAAGAAGACAAAGCAAAACCUGUACGAGAUGAAUAUGAAUAUGUGUCAGACGAUGGUGAACUAAAAAUUGAUGAGUUUCCAAUCAGGAGAAAGAAGAACACUACAAAAAGAGAACUGCCCUUUUUAUCAGACAAAAAAGACACUCUGCAGCACACUCCUGUUAAGAAGCCAAAGGUGGAGUCCGUGUCAUACAAGAGUGAUGACUCGUCAGAUGAAGAUUUGCUUCACAUCGACACAGAGGCAAAGCCAGGGAGGAAUUCCAAAGUAAAGAAAGAGAGUGGAAGCUCAGCAGGAAUUCUUGACCUUUUGCAGGCAAGCAAGGAAGUUGGGGGUUUAGAGUAUAACACCAACAGUCAGCCCCCUGCCUCACCCAGCACACAAGAAGCAAUCCAAGGCAUGCUGUCCAUGGCAAACCUCCAGUCGUCAGAGUCCUGCCUCCAGACAUCCUGGGGUACCAACCAGGCAAAGAACAACUCAGUGUCCACACAGAACUCUAAAAAAACGGGUGGUGGCAGUAACAAAAAUUCUGGCAAGCGCUUACUAAAGAAAAGCACAAAGAACAGCAUUGACAUCGAGGAUUAUGAUGAGGAUCAGGACCACUUGGAUGCCUGUUUCAAGGACUCUGAUUAUGUUUACCCUUCUCUUGAAUCAGAUGAAGAUAAUCCAGUGUUCAAAUCCCGGUCAAAGAAAAGGAAAAGUUCAGAUGACGCCCCUUACAGUCCAACGGCACGAGUUGGCCCCUCGGUGCCUCGGCAAGAUAGACCCGUGCGAGAGGGCACGAGAGUCGCCUCCAUUGAAACUGGACUCGCUGCUGCUGCUGCGAAACUGUCACAGCAGGAGGAACAAAAAGGCAAGAAGAAAAAAAAUACCAAAAAGAAGCUGUCAACCAACAACGUGAACAAACCGGCUCAGGAAGGCAGCUCACCAGAGCUGAAGCUGGAGUCACAUGCCAGCAGCCUCACAGAUCACGAGUACACCGCGGGGGCCAGCGCCUUUGGGGUCGCCCAGCCCAACAGGGGAUCGCAGCCGAUGGCGCCCGGUGUUUUCCUCACACAGAGGAGACCCUCAGCAUCCUCGCAGAACAGUGCCUCCGCCAAAGGAAAGCGCACGAAGAAGGGGAUGGCCACGGCCAAGCAGCGGCUCGGCAAGAUCCUGAAGAUCCACCGGAACGGGAAGCUGCUGCUCUAGCGGCAGGGAGGCGGGCGGCGCCGGGGCCGCUGCCGCCCGGCUCUCGGCCGACGGCGACGGUCACCCCUUUUAACUUUCAGCGGUCGGAGUGUACAGAAUCCUGCUAUAAAUAUUUUUUAAUAUAGAUGUCCUUUCUCAGAGCGCUGAGAGUGACUAGCCGCGAAAAGUUAAUACUAAUCCCGGCCGCCAGGGAGGGUACCGGCCCCCCCGUCCCCGUCCCGGCGCGGCCCUGAGGCGGAGCCGCCGGCGGGAGGGCGGGAAGGCGCCGCGCGGGGCCGCGGUUCUCGGGCGGCCGCCGUCGGCCCCGCGUAACUGCGUUUCCCAGCAUCCUUUUUCCUAGAAUGUAGCUUGUACAUAGCUUUUGGAAUAACCACCGCCGGGUUUUUAUAAGGGGGAAAGUCUCUCCGGGGCGCCGCCCGCCGGUACCAGCUCUUUGCGUAAAAAAACAAAACAAAACAAAAACAAAACUUCUUGUUACGAGGAGGGAGACAAGUUAUUUUACUAGCACCUUGUGGAGUGUUUUUUUCCGUGUUUUGUGACGAUGUAAUUUAUUAAUGUUUGUAGCUUUUUAUAUUUGUACAUUUCUUAUGGGCUUUGUUUAUAUACACACAUUACCGGGGCGCGGCGCCCGCGGGGAACCCGAGCAACCCGCGGCCGUGGGCGAGGGCCACGCCGGCCUGGGCGUCGUGCCGGCUUUUUUUAUUAUGAUUAUUAUUAGUAUUAUUAUUUUUUCGCGACAUGUACAUUUCUAACAAAGUUUAUCGUGGCUAUCUAUCUAUGACGGUGUUUUAUUUACCGGUUCAUAUCGAAAUGCUCUUGUAUCGAGUUGACGAAAUCUGAAGUAAACCUAGAGCAAAGUUUAAAAGAAAAAAGAAGGGAGGGGGAAAAAAAAAAGAAAAGUAAACUAUUUCAGGUUUUGUAUACAACUGCCUGGGCCUGGCCUUUUUGUGGGGUGGGUGAGGGGCAGUGUGUGAGGUUAUGGGUCAUGCCGGGCAGGAGGGAGGGCAGCCAGCCUGGCAGCGUGCUCUGCCCUUCAACCCCUUCCCUCAGCAGGGGCUCCCCUGGCCCUUUGUGAGCACACAGUGCUGAGCCAGCACCCCAGAUGCUACCCAAACCCCUCAUCAAGGCCUC